CUUGUCGGAUGAAAGCAGUCAAAGAUGGAGCAAUACCCGUAUGAUAAUAUUUAUAGGUGCAGAGAGGAUAAAAGAGCUGGGGCAACCCUCCUUCGUCACUAAAUCAAAAGGGAGAACCCAACAGAUUCCUGAAUAGACCUGUUCUCCUUCUGGAAGCAUUAUGUACUGCACCCACUUAAUGACGCUGCAGCUGGUCGUCAUGGCAAUGCUGUGGGUGACACCAGUGAGGGCGGGGACAGAAUGCAGGUAUGGCUGCCGACUAAACAACAUGACCAUCAUCGUGGAGAGAGAGGACUGUCACGGAAGCAUCACCAUCACCACCUGCGCCGGCCUGUGCGAAACAACGGACCUGAACUAUCAGAGCACAUGGCUGCCGCGCUCCCAGGGAGUGUGUAACUUCAAGGAGUGGUCCUACGAGAAGGUCUACCUGGAAGGCUGUCCAUCCGGGGUCGAGCCCUUCUUCAUACCCGUUGCCAAGAGCUGCGAUUGCAUCAAAUGCAAGACGGACAACACCGACUGUGAUCGCAUAAGCAUGGCAACACCCAGCUGCAUAGUAAACCCACUAGAAAUGUAAUACUGUAGAGUUAAGCUGUUGCAGCAGCCACAGUUUGACUAUUCUAUGGUACCGUUUCCAUUGAUGUGCUAUCGCAAUAAAACACUACUUUGAGUCUAAAA